AUGCAGACACCAAAAGCAAGAGCCAGUGCUUCAGAAAUGUCCCAAAGGAAAUCUCCUGCAACCCCUCGAACUGCUCGCCAGUUGAAGACACCGACCUCUGGUUCUAACUCAUCCUCAUCCUCUCCAAACCCCAUAAGAAAGACGCCGAAAGACAUGAGUCCGAAAGUGAAUGAACGCAGGUUAUCACACAGUCCAAUAUCGGAGAAGAAGCGACCUAGCAAGGUUCAGGAAUUGGAAUCUCAGAUUGCUAAGCUUCAAGAAGAUCUGAAGAGUGCUAAGGAUCAACUUAGCACAUCAGAGUCAUGGAAGAGAAAAGCUGAAGAGGAGAUUGAAGAAGCAAAGAAGCAGAUAGUAUCCUUGUCAAAGAAGCUGGAGGAAUCCCAUCAACAGUUUUCGGAACUUUCCGCUUCUGAUGAAGCACGACUUCAAGAACUGAGUAAAAUAUCUCAGGAUCGAGAUCGAGCAUGGCAGUCUGAACUUGAGGCUGUCCAGAAGCAGCACUCAAUGGAUUCAUCUGCUCUGGCGUCUGCCAUUAAUGAAAUACAGAAAUUGAAAAGUCAACUAGAAAGAGCUUGUGAGUCUGAAUCUACUAAAAAUAACAAUGCUGAGUCGGAUCAUGCUGAGAUUCAGGACUUGAGGAUGGAUCUUAGUGAAGCUAUCUCUAUCAUGGAAAAACUAAAAAAUGAGGCAAGUGAGUGCAAAGAUUCCGAAUCUCGAGCCUUAGAAGUAAUUGGUAAAAUGCAAAUGCAAUUGGAAACAGUAAAUAAGACGGUGGAAACACUUCGAUCGGAUGGUGAAAAAGCAGCAGAAGCUUACAGGUCGUUGACUUUGGAGUUAGAGCAAUCAAGAACUCAAGCAAAAUCCUUGGAGGAACUUGUGAUGAAACUUGAGACUGAUUCAACCAAUGAAAAGGGACUGUAUCAUGAAAAUGGAGAGAUUAACGAGCUGAAAGCCGAGCUUAUCGCUGCUAAAUCCGAAGUAGGGCAAUUGAAGUCUGCAUUAGAAGUUGCUGAGAUAAGAUACCAAGAGGAGUAUAUCCAGAGCACAUUGCAGAUUAGAAGUGCUUACGAACAACUUGAACGUACAAAAUCAGAAUCCGGUCAGAGAGAGGCGGAAUUAUACGAGGAAUUGAGGAAAGCUAGAGCUGAUAUUGAAGAGCUAAACACAAGUUUGAAGGAAAAGGAAUCUCAAUUGCUGAUUAUGUCAGCAGAAAACAAGGGACUUGAUGAAAACAAAUUGGCUGAUAGGGAAUGUAAACUUGCAGAAGAGCUCAAAAAAUUGGAUACUGAUAAUGUGGAGUGGAAAGAAAAAUUAUUAGAUAGAGAGACCGAGUUGAAAAACGUAACCGAAGAAAACAAUAUGCUUAAGAUGGAGAUAAAGGAGUUGGAGAAGAAUAAAGUCACCGAUGAGGCUGUUGCAUCUGUUGAAACAGCGAGGGCUGCGGAGCAAGAGGCUUUGGCAAAACUUAGCUAUGUAAUGGAAGAAGCAGAUAAAAGUAACAAAAGAGUGGCUCGUGUAACCGAACAGUUAGAUGCUUCUCAGGCUGCAAAUUCGGAGUUAGAAGCUGAAUUAAGGAGAUUGAAAGUUCAGUCUGAUCAGUGGAGAAAGGCUGCUGAAGCAGCUGCGUCCAUACUUUCUACUACCGGGAACAAUGGCAAACGUGUAGGUAAAAACGGCUCACUUGACAGUAGCUUCAAUUCAAUUUCUAGCAAGACAAUGAAUUCGCCUUAUUUAGAGGACACAGAUGAUGAGUCUCCAAAAAAGAAAAAUACAAACAUGCUGAAGAAGAUUGGGGUGUUAUGGAGGAAGAAUCAUCAUUAA